CCUGAAAUAGCACCUGUGAGCUCUCCUUGCUGCCUGUGCUUGCCAAAGCCACUGUUGAGAAUUCUUCCUCCUCCUAGAAAGUCAAAUCCUGCCCAGUAAAUGCAAAGUGAGUCUUCUGAAAGCUUCAGCUUGGGAUGGACUCUGGAACUUCUGUAUUCUGCUUGGCGAUCCUAGAGGAGUUUCUGAUCCCAAUAUCCCCUCCCAUUCCAACAUGACAGUUGGGUAGCACUGCUGGACCAUCUUUGCCAAGGUCAGAGGAGCAUCUCUGCCCUUGCAGAGGAGAAUUCGGCUGUGGCUGUAUCUGAAGAGGCUUCCAGCCCCAGCUGUGCUCUUCUCUUAGGAAACGCCACCAACUCCUCACAGCACGGAGGCCCAGCAUGAAUGGGAACUGUGCUGGGGGCACAGACUGGUUGAGAAAGCUGGAGUCCAGUUGUCCUGUGGAAAACAGAACUGUAGCAGUCCAUGAGUCAGAAGAAAGUUCUGUGGUGUUAGGAGGUCACAGCCCUGCAGUUCCCAGGACUGAGGGUUUGGAUUCUGAAUGCCGACACAGUUGCCCAGUAAAUCCCCAGAUCAGUAGCAUGCUGUCUGCUCCUGAAGAACCUCACAACUGCCAUAUCCCAGAUGGAAAUAAGAGACAGCUGGAAUAUUUUAAUACCCAGGAACGCCAUGGAUUGUCUUCAAGCAGCAGUUCCCAGACAGUAGCUCCAGAGAAAGUGACCCUGGUGGUGGAUGGCACCCGCUUUGCAGUGAAUCCCCAGAUCUUCACUGCUCACCCUGACACCAUGCUGGGAAGAAUGUUUGGGCCAGGCAGAGAAUACAAUUUCACCCGGCCAAAUGAGAAGGGCGAGUACGAGAUUGCAGAAGGGAUCAGCUCAGCCGUGUUCCGCACCGUGCUGGAUUAUUACAAAACCGGAAUCAUUAACUGCCCUGAUGGGAUUUCCAUCCCAGACCUUCGAGACACAUGUGAUUACCUCUGCAUAAACUUUGAUUUCAACACAAUCAAAUGUCAAGAUUUAAGUGCUCUGUUACACGAGCUCUCCAAUGAUGGGGCUCACAAGCAGUUUGACAGCUACCUGGAGGAGCUGAUCCUGCCCAUCAUGGUGGACAGCGCGCGGAAGGGCGAGCGGGAGUGUCACAUCGUCGUGCUGACCGAUGAGGACACCGUGGACUGGGAUGAGGAUCAUCCACCCCCCAUGGGAGAGGAGUAUUCACAAAUCCUUUACAGUUCCAAGCUGUACAGAUUCUUCAAGUACAUUGAGAACCGAGAUGUGGCAAAAGCUGUGUUAAAGGAACGGGGCCUGAAGAACAUUCGCAUUGGCAUCGAAGGGUAUCCCACCUGCAAGGAGAAGGUGAAGAGGAGGCCUGGUGGCCGCUCCGAGGUGAUCUACAACUACGUGCAGCGGCCGUUCAUCCAGAUGUCCUGGGAGAAGGAGGAGGGCAAGAGCCGCCACGUGGAUUUCCAGUGUGUUCGGAGCAAAUCCCUAACAAACCUGGUCACCGUGGGGGAUGAUGUUUCAGAGGACCACGAGGUUAUAAUGCAUCACCCCCCACAAGUGGAUGAACUGGACAGGCUGAAUGCCCCCUUCUCCCAGAUGGUUGUUAAUGAUCUACCAGACUAGUGUGGCUCAGGGUGGAGAAUCCUGCUGGAUGUCGGAACCUCUCGCCGUAGUUUCAUCCCAGGUGAUGGGACACAGACUCCUGCAAGGUGCUUUAUCCUCAUUCAUGCUCUUACUACGUUGUCAUAUUUCAAGCAUGUUAAUAAAGAGCAACACUGCAUAGUCUUAAUUGUACAAUCAAAAGCAACGUCUGCUCAGACAAAAAGAAAUGACCUGUUGUUUCUACUACAAAGGCUUCCAGAUUGUGGGUGCUGAAUAUUUUAUCUAAACUUUGAAAGAAGAGCACAAGUGUGUGGAAACGUCUUGUGUGACAUGAGAGAGGAAAUUCUGGGCCUGUCAUGACAAAGGUUUCCUUUGCCAUUAGGCACAGCUUUGUUUUUGUGAGUUACAGAGGAGUGAACAUCAAAGCAGGACAGAUGAUAUUCUGUAUCAACCAGCAGAAAUGUAGCACAGUGUGACAGCAAACCCUGAGCAUGGAGGAAUCUGUUUGCAUUGCCACCUGGCUUUGGAUCCAGUGUGGUGUACUGCUGCCCUAGGAAGGAGGAACCAGUUCCGUAGGAAGUAUAUUCACAGGAAUUCCCCAUCUGUACUUAUCUGUGAGAUGGAAUCACUGUUUUUAGGGAUGUUUUCUGUAAAGUUCAGUAAAAUGAGUAGAUCAUGCUGAAGGAAAACCCAAAAAAGACUGUAGCUGAUAUUUUACCAAUAAAAUUAAUCUGUUAAUAGCUAAAUAGAUGUAAGAAGCUUUCUAGAGGUGACUGUGCAUACUGAAGACUUUGUCUUCUGCAUCCCCCUGCUAAGACAAAUAAAGCCAAUGGAGGAGCUCCCAGUUUACUACCUGAGUAAAAUCCUUGGUCUUGUCAACCUUAGUCAGACUUGCUGUAGACUCUCCAAGGAGCUGCUGCUGCAGCUUUAAAAAGCCAGCUACUUCCUUCCCAAUUUGGAACUGACUGGAUCAUUUUUGUCAGGCAGGUAAGAAAUACCAACAGUAAACCAGCCCUCAGCAGAGAAAAAUGCACAUACCUGGGAAGAGCUCUCCUUUGCUGCUCUGAGUGUAUUGUCCUGAUCUAUGUAAGGCUCUGGGAGUUUGGGUUCAGGGCCAACAAAGCUGUGACUGUAAGAACAGGCACACUCCAGGCUGGUUUAGCUCAGGUGGGUUGGAGCCUCACUGCUCCUGCUCCUGCAGCGCUGAGUUCCCUGGGGGAGUCACUUGUAGGAAUUCCCUGUGGGAAUUCCCUGUAGGAAGUGGCUUAACCCCUGAUGAACACACAGCGAGUUCUGCCCUGCCCCAGCUGAGCUGAGGGCACCCAGAACUGGGCUGCCUCACAAAGCCAUCCCUUCUGGUGGCUGUGUAAAGGCUCUAUGUACCCAAACCAGAGUUUUAAAACAUGGUGCUGGUGCAAAGAAAAGCUGAAACCAUUCAAGAAGGAGAGGGACAGAGCUCCUCACAAAACUGGGCAGGUCAGGUGUCAAAACCUGGAUUGCAUGAAUGCUGAGUUAUCUGGUCAGGCUAGGCAAAACUGAGGUGUAGGUAUCAGUCUGGCCCCAGAAAGUUUAAUCUUUUUUGCCAGGCUGCAACAUCAAGCAAAUUUGUAUUGUUCUUCUGACUGCCAAGUGCAUGGUGAACUGAACAGUGAAGUUUGCUGCUGGUUGCUGCCAAGGUGUUUGUGGUUUUCAGUGCAAGUAACAUAACAAGAUCAAGCAGAAAUUUUUAGUUGCAAGUAACAAAUCUCUGCCAAGGCACAUUUUAGUUUCCAUUAGUGUGGAUACAAGUUCCAUUCUCUCAGUGUUUCCAUUCUUAGCUUCUUUCCCAAGUGCAGCAAAGAAUUCUUCUAAAAAGAAGUGCCUGUGGGAAGAUUUCAGGACCUCCUAAGAAUCCCAGGUGUUCAGAUGCCUAAAUUUCUCUUGACUGCUUUUGAAAACUCCUUCCUGUGUGUCAUUGGGUCAGUAGAGAGAAGUGUCCUUUGGUGCCUGCACGGAGCUGGGGUGAUAGGCAGACACUCCAUUAUUGGUGCAGAUGAAUUGCUGUGUAUGUGGUAGAGAAUGGAGGACACAUGGACCAUGAACCUCCAGCAGGGGCCAGACCAGCCCCAGUCCUUGCCUUGGUGGUGAGCUGUUCCUCAGGACAAACAGAAGCACUGGUGAGCCCAGCAGUGGUGGAACUUGUCCCUAGGCCCUGAGUGCCCAGCAGUGAUGGUCCCCAGGCUCUGUGAUUAUAUUUUCCAGGCUGUAUUUAUUUCCCCAGCAGUGUCAGGUUUAAGUAAAUGAGUGUUGGUAUUGCCCAGCUGAGCUGGAAUUGGAGGUUCCACAUGUUCUGCUCUAAGGACUGAAGUGUGGGUGUUGUUCAGAGCUCCUUCUCAGGACUGUGUCAAGGCAGCAGGUGCUGAGAAUUGCACCUCAACAGCACCUUUUGGGAUCUGACAGCUAAAGUACCAUGUCCAGCCAAACCAAAUCCCACCUAGUGUGUCCCUGAGCCCAGGGGCAGCUCGGCCUCUGGAAGGAUUUAGGCAGUUUAUUAAACUGCACCCAGCCCUUUUGGGAGUUACAGACUGUCAGUGUCUGUAGGAGUUUGUGGUUUCCUGUGCAAUCAACUGGACCUUCAGCAUGGGGUGCACAUUAUCCAGCUCCCAUGAUUUCCAUGCAGUUUUUACCACUUACCCACUAUAGUUUAUUGGCUUUCCCAAGUAAUUACUCAUUCUGGAUUUUAAAUUUUGUUAGUAGAGUGAGUUCCAUUGGAACACUGAAUCAAAUUUUAAAAGUGUUUUGUUUUUCCUCCUCUCAUGGUCACCUAUUUCAAGUACAAGGUCAACUUUUGUCUUACUCUAGGUGUACUGAAGUGCUCCUGUGCUGUGUAUGAACACCGGAUGUAUGGUUUCUUUUCUGUAUUAAAGUAUAAAUUAUAUGUGA